AUGCCGGCCAUGCGGGGGCUACUGGCGCCGCAGAACACCUUUCUGGACACCAUCGCCACACGCUUCGACGGCACGCAUAGUAACUUCGUGCUGGGCAAUGCCCAGGUGGCAGGGCUCUUCCCUGUUGUCUACUGCUCUGAUGGCUUCUGUGACCUUACGGGCUUCUCCCGGGCUGAGGUCAUGCAGCGGGGCUGUGCCUGCUCUUUCCUCUAUGGACCAGAUACCAGUGAGCUCGUCCGCCAACAGAUUCGAAAGGCCCUGGAUGAGCACAAGGAAUUCAAGGCUGAGCUGAUCCUAUACCGGAAAAGCGGGCUUCCUUUCUGGUGUCUUCUGGAUGUGAUACCCAUAAAGAAUGAGAAAGGGGAGGUGGCCCUCUUCCUGGUCUCUCACAAGGACAUCAGUGACACCAAGAACCGAGGGGGCCCUGACAGCUGGAAGGAGACAGGUGGUGGCCGGCGCCGAUAUGGCCGGGCAGGAGCCAAAGGCUUUAAUGCCAACCGGCGGCGGAGCAGGGCUGUGCUCUACCACCUCUCUGGGCACUUACAGAAGCAGCCCAAGGGCAAGCACAAGCUCAAUAAGGGAGUAUUUGGGGAGAAGCCAAACUUGCCAGAAUACAAAGUUGCUGCCAUCCGGAAGUCACCUUUCAUCCUGCUGCACUGCGGGGCACUGAGAGCCACCUGGGAUGGCUUCAUCCUGCUCGCCACACUCUAUGUGGCUGUCACUGUGCCCUACAGUGUGUGUGUGAGCACAGCCCGGGAGCCCAGUGCCGCUCGUGGCCCACCCAGUGUCUGUGACCUGGCCGUGGAGGUCCUCUUCAUCCUUGAUAUUGUGCUGAAUUUCCGCACCACAUUUGUGUCCAAGUCGGGCCAGGUGGUGUUUGCUCCAAAGUCUAUUUGCCUGCACUAUGUCACCACCUGGUUCCUGCUGGAUGUCAUCGCAGCGCUGCCCUUUGACCUACUACAUGCCUUCAAGGUCAAUGUGUACUUUGGGGCCCAUCUGUUGAAGACCGUGAGGCUGCUGCGCCUGUUGCGCCUGCUGCCACGCCUGGACCGGUACUCCCAGUACAGCGCUGUGGUACUGACCCUGCUCAUGGCUGUGUUCGCCCUGCUCGCCCACUGGGUGGCCUGCAUCUGGUUCUACAUCGGCCAGCAGGAGAUUGAGAGCAGUGAAUCUGAGCUGCCUGAGAUUGGCUGGCUGCAGGAGCUGGCCCGACGACUGGAGACCCCCUACUACCUGGUGGGCAAGAGACCAGUUGGAGAGAACAGCUCUGGCCAGAAUGACAACUGCAGCAGCAGCAGCAGCAGCAGCGAGGCUAAUGGGACUGGGCUGGAGCUCCUGGGCGGCCCGUCACUACGCAGUGCCUACAUCACUUCCCUCUACUUCGCACUCAGCAGCCUCACCAGCGUGGGCUUUGGCAAUGUGUCCGCCAACACGGACACUGAGAAGAUCUUCUCCAUCUGCACCAUGCUGAUUGGUGCCCUGAUGCACGCAGUGGUGUUUGGGAACGUGACCGCCAUCAUCCAGCGCAUGUACGCCCGCCGCUUUCUGUACCACAGCCGCACUCGUGACCUGCGUGACUAUAUCCGUAUCCAUCGGAUCCCCAAGCCCCUCAAGCAGCGCAUGCUUGAGUACUUCCAGGCUACCUGGGCUGUGAACAAUGGCAUCGAUACCACUGAGCUGCUGCAGAGCCUCCCUGAUGAGCUUCGUGCAGACAUCGCCAUGCACCUGCACAAGGAGGUCUUGCAGCUGCCGCUGUUUGAGGCAGCCAGCCGAGGAUGCCUGAGGGCACUGUCCCUGGCCCUGCGGCCUGCCUUCUGCACACCUGGCGAAUACCUCAUCCACCAGGGUGACGCUCUUCAGGCCCUCUACUUCGUCUGCUCUGGCUCCAUGGAGGUGCUCAAGGGUGGCACUGUGCUCGCCAUCCUAGGGAAGGGCGAUCUGAUUGGCUGUGAGCUGCCCCAGCGGGAGCAGGUGGUAAAGGCCAAUGCCGACGUGAAGGGGCUGACCUACUGCGUCCUGCAGUGCCUGCAGCUGGCUGGCCUGCACGAUAGUCUUGCACUGUACCCUGAAUUUGCCCCACGCUUCAGCCGUGGUCUCCGAGGGGAGCUCAGCUACAACCUGGGUUCUGGGGGAGGCCCUGCAGAGGUAGAUACCAGCUCCUUGAGUGGUGACAACACCCUCAUGUCUACACUGGAGGAGAAAGAGACAGAUGGGGAACAGGGCCCCACAGCCUCACCGGCCACAGCAGAUGAGCCCUCCAGCCCUCUGCUGUCCCCUGGCUGCACCUCCUCAUCCUCGGCUGCUAAACUGCUAUCCCCUCGUAGAACUGCGCCCCGGCCACGUCUAGGUGGCAGGGGGCGACCAAGCAGGGCAAGAGCUUUGAAGGCUGAGGCUAGUGCUUCUGCUCACCCACGGACUCUGGAGGGACUGCGGCUGCCCCCCAUGCCAUGGAAUGUGCCCCCAGACCUUAGCCCCAGGGUUGUAGAUGGCAUUGAGGAUGGUUGUGGCUCUGACCAGCACAAGUUCUCUUUCCGCGUGGGUCAAUCUGGCCUGGAAUGUAGCAGCAGCCCCUCCCCUGGACCAGAGAGUGGCCUGCUCACUGUCCCCCUUGGGCCCAGCGAGGCAAGGAAUACGGAUACACUGGACAAGCUGCGGCAGGCGGUGAUGGAGCUAUCUGAGCAGGUACUACAGAUGCGGGAGGGACUGCAGUCACUUCGCCAGGCUGUGCAGCUUGUCUUGGUUCCCCAUGGGGAGGGCCCAUGCCCUAGGGCAUCAGGAGAGGGGCCUUGCAGAGGUACAGUCAGUGCCUCUGGGCUCCUGCAGCCUCUCCGUGUGGACACUGGGACAUCCUCCUACCUACAGCCCCCAGUUGGCUCUGUCUUAAGUGGGACCUGGCCCCACCCUCGUCCAGGGCCCCCUCCCCUCAUGGCACCCUGGCCCUGGGGGCCCCCAGCAUCUCAAAGCUCCCCCUGGCCUCGAGCCACAACUUUGUGGACCUCCACCUCAGACUCAGAGCCCCCUGGCUCAGGAGAACUCUGCUCUGAGCCUAGCACCCCAGCUUCGCCUCCUCCUGAGGAAGGGGCUGGGACUGGGCCCCCAGAGCCUGUGAGCCAGGCAGAGACUACCAGCACUGGAGAGCCCCCACCAGGAUCAGGGAGCCGGGCCUUGCCCUGGGACCCCCACAGCCUAGAGAUGGUGCUUAUUGGCUGCCAUGGCCCUGGCACAGUCCAGUGGACCCAGGAAGAAGGGACGGGGGUUUGA